AUGAGUGGUAAAGUGCACUAUCUUAUGGACACGGCGAACGCUCCGGUGAAGGGGACUCCAGCAGAUCGCACCGAGGCUUUACUGCCGAUUUUAAUCAGUUUAGCUGUCGACAUCGUCAGCCAACUGCAAAGCAAUUCUUCAGGGGUUUCGGUACUUGCUGACCUUAAUUCAAGCUCUGAGGCUGUCCUUCGUGCCAUUUCGUGCAAAGCGUCGCUCGCUAAUCAAACCCGCGCCAGCAUCUGCACAAAAUCGACGGUUCCUAGCCCUUUCAGCACCCCUGGAAGCGCUUGUAGAACCUAUUGCGUUUCUUGCAAGCCGAUGGACGCCCCACAGUCCAACGUCCACGUGAAGAUACUGCAGAUAUUAGACCGCUUCCAUCCGUCUUGCAAAAUUCGGUUAAUCAGCGCAUUGGGCCAAACGUAUCUUCCUUCGGACUCCAAUGAGAGGAAAACAGAGUCCUCCCAUACAUGUGGCUUGAAAGUAUCGUCCGUGAUGAACAGAGAGCUUCCUAAGGGGAAUACCUGGUUUACCAAUACUGGGCACUCUGGUGCCAUGAGUUAUUUCCUGGGUCGCCAGCCCCGUACAUCCUAUCUGUGGGGCGUAAUCGGGGUGCAAGAUCAGAGAUUAGGUAAUCGAUAA